AUGUCAAAUAGCGAGAGAACUAAGCCCCCACGGCCACUCAAUCGCUUGGAGCAAAGAAAGCUGCAAGAUCGAACGAGAGCUCUUUAUGGCGAUUCACCACCGCCUCAACGACAUGCCGCCCCAUAUCCCGAAGGCGAGAUCAUCUAUCACUGCAACGAUAAAUAUGCCGUGCGACACGGCGAUGCUGUCACGAAAUAUACAAUAAACCCUCACGGCAUGGGUGCGAACGACCAUCCCAACGAAGCGCAAGUGCUGCGCUUCAUUAAGGCACAUACUACGAUUCCCGUACCUGAAGUCAUCAGCAGCGAUUGGGACCGCAUUACCAUGACAUACGUUGAAGGUCAGACACUGAAACAGGCAUGGCCGGAGCUUACACCUGACCAGCGCUCAAAUAUCAUGGCCCAGCUUCGCGACUAUAUCGCCCAAAUGCGUGCCCUUGGUGGCAUCCAUCUCGGCCGCCUUGAUGGGCAGGGUGUUGUGGUUCCCUGCAUCAUGACGCGCUCUGGCGGACCGUUUGGCACCAUGACCGAGCUUCAUGAGUGGCUUGUUCGGCCGCCGAUGCGGUUACCAACGCAGUCGAUGUAUUGGCACCAGAUUACGACCCAGCUUGGUGCUGAUUAUCCCAUUGUGUUUACGCAUGGUGACAUUGCCGCACGAAACAUUUUAAUAUCUGAGGGCCGUAUCGUUGCUCUUUUGGACUGGGAAUAUGCAGGAUGGUACCCAGAGUAUUGGGAAUAUGUUUUUGCACUGCGAGGGAUGGACAAUAUUGAUUGGGAAACACUGGGCCAGCAUCUUCCGUCUCUCUUCACUAAACGCUAUGAUUUCGAAUAUAUCCUUCUGGAAUUCAUUCUCAGGCUUUCCUGA